CCGAGCACAGCAGAUAAGUGAACAGUGUCUCCAUGAGGACUGUGUGACAAAGUUCUCCUCCCAGUUUCCUAUGACGGCUUGGGAAUGGGUAACGUUGAUCUAAUGGCAAGAACUGGAGGAAACUCUGACAGCUGCUCGGGAAAGACACCAGGAGAAAUCCGACAAUAUUUACAAGGAAUAAUAAUGGUGUGGCCCUGUGUUUAUUGAUGUGACCAAACAAGUUGGACUGAGUCCCAUUCCAGUGGUUCUGUUGGAGGAUGGCCACUGCAGCAGAGGACCCCCAUCUGGGCUCAGGUCCAGAUGAUGACGACACAUCAGGACAGGACUCGGAAUCUGACAGUAUCCUCUCUGAUGACUCUGUGCUCCCUGACUACACGAAGGAGGAAGAAACCAGCAGUACAGCCAACACGGUGUAUGAGGCAUGUGCCCGCAAUGACUCUGCCGCUCUAAAGAGAGUUCUGGAGAGAGGGGUGACAAAAGAGGAGGUGAUGGAGCAGGACAUCAAUGGAUGGAAUGGCCUGAUGGUGGCUUGCUGUAAGGGUUUUCUUGAUAUUGUGCACAAGCUCCAUGACUGUCCCUUUAUAGACGUAAACCUCCAGGACAAUGAAGGCAACACUGCACUAAUGAUUGCAUCUCAGGGAGGUCAUGUAUUAACGGUGAUGUAUCUCCUGAACUACUACCCUGGUGUAGACACAGAGAUGAGGGACUGCAGAGGGUUCACAGCCCUCAUCAAAGCUGCUAUGACUGGCCGCUGUGACGUCGUAGCUGCUCUUGUUAUGGCUGGGGCAGAUAUAAAUGCAGUAGACUCUUUCCGGGGAAAGUGUCCUCGGGACUGGGCUCUGAAAACAGGUCGCUAUGAGACCUUUCAUCGUCUUCGUCGCCUCACGAUGCGCCCAAAAGCUGAGCAGUUCUGUGACAGCUACGUCCCAGAAUGGCCCGAGCUCAAAGAGAGGGUGGCCAAAGCAACAUCAGAGAAGAGUUCAGCAGGAAAGAUCACACUACGGAUCAAAAACACAUUUGGAUUCAGGUUUCCGCGUGACCCCCAGGACAACGGGGUCAUGGAUCACAUGGUGCGCAUGACCACCAGCUUCCGCUCUCCUCUCAUUGCAACGGCCUGCCAUCCACUGUGCCCCACAAGCCCACCAGAGGUGGGGAAGAGACGGCUCGCAGUGCCAGAGCUAGUACAGAAACAUCCACAGAGGGAGCUGGAAGAGAGCUCAGUGUGCCAUAGCAACGGCUCAGUCUCUCACAUCAUGCCCUCAAUCCACUCUGCAGAGACAGUGGCUUCGAUGUGCUGCCCUGACACCGAGCGGAGAGGCAGCAUCCUCUCUGUGGCCUCCAACAAGGUGGUCACAGCAUUCAUUCCUCGAAGCAUGGCGAGGCGGAACAGCGUCUUCCCCUCUGGGUGUAUUCCUCAGAUCAGUGUGAACAGGCCUUCAGACCAAACACCGAAGAAAGAAAAGAAAAAGAAGAAGAAAGACAAGGGCUACCUGGAGCCACCUAAGUGGAAAUACAAGGAGCAGAAGGAAGAGAGAAAGAAAGAGAAGAAAAAUGCAGAGAAAGAAAAGGAAGAAAAAGCAAAUAAAAAGGAAAAAGGCAGCAGAAAGACAAAGAAUUAAUAAUCCUACUUUCAGGAACAUUUUCCUCAAAACUUCUAAUUGUUUAAUCAACAUGUUUCAACAACAAAGCUCCUAAGUGUGUGCCUUGGAGUUUGUAGCCAUUCAGGUUCAUGCCUGUCCUACCCAUAGAACAGCUUGUCUCUAAACACUGAGGUCCAGGAAGCUUUCCGUGUAGGUGUUAAAAAUCUUUUGGCAAGGUUUUACAGUAACUUAUAAAAAUUCACUAACAUACAUUAUAUGCAUGAAGCUGUUCACUAUUGUUUAUAAAAAAAAAAUACUAUUUUUUUGUGAGUAUUUUGUAAAUAAUCAAGCAAUAACUAACCUUUUAUGAUAUAGACAAAAACAGUUUAGACACAUAAGACUCAUAAUCACCCAUUUUCUAUCAGGUUCAGUGCCUAUCUCAUCACAAAAUCAUUAAAACAAAGAACCCACUAUGUAAUAUAUACAGUAUCUGGCACCAAUCCAGCACUAACAUGGUGGUAUAAGUAUCAGUGAGUACCGACAAAUAGGGCACUGAUACCAUUUUGAGAGCCAAAAGUUUAUUCAAGUACUGUCACCCAUUCAAGGUAGUCAAUAAAAAGUUCUACUGGAUUCACUUUGUUUUAGUCUUUUUCCUGUUUCACAAAGGUAGGCAGCAGCUUGACAAAGCCAUGAUGGCAAUUAUUUUACAUCCAAGUAGUAUGCAGUUCUUCAUAUAUACACACACACACACAUCAAUUUCAAACAGAUGGUCUCAGUAUGGUAUCUGUGACAGCCAAUACUCCACAGCCAGGUAUCGGGGCCAAAAAAUGUAAUCGGCGCAAAACGAAUAAAUAUCAGUAUUUUUUAAUACAUGGUUUUAAUAUCAGAGUUGGAUCAGUGCAAAUUAUUAUUAUUUUUUUUUGCUGUAUAAUACAUGUAAGGACUUCCUUCCUUUUUCGGUACAGUGCUGUGCAAAAGUAUACAUGCAUCCAUUUUUUUGUUAAAACUACAAACCUAAAAAAAAAAUAAUAUUUCAUACUUUAUCUAUAGCAGGAUGCAGUUUGAGAUUGCAGAAAACUACCUCCAUACAUAAGCAACACAGAUACAACAUAACAUCUUGCAGGAUCAGUCAAAAAGGAUUAGAGUUUUGUAUUUAGCUUCCUUUAAUUUGAUAUCCUUAAAUAAAAUCCUGUGCAGCAAAUUGUCUUUAGAAGCCAUGACUUUUUAAAAAGUCAUUAUGUUGUAAAGGUACUAACUCUAUAAAUGCAGCUGGUUCACAAUGACCUCAGAAGUUUGUUUAAGAACAACAGUAAGUAAAAAGAAGCUUUAAAAUCAUGGCCACAGCAAACAGUUUAGGGAGAAGUUUGUGGAGAUGUUGAAAGGAGAGUUAUAACUAUGUGACAAUAAACCAACCAAGUGCAUCUUCCUGAUCACACCAUCCAUAGAGUGAAAGAUGGUGGCUGCAGAAUCUUGCUAGGGAAAUGCUUGCCUUUGGCAGGGAAACAGAAUAUGGUCAGAGUUGAUAGAUAAACAUACAAACAGAGCCAUGCUGGGAUGAUUAAAGAAUAUGCAUGCAAAAUAUUAUCUCAUGUGUAAAGCCCAAAAAAAAUGUACCUUUAGAGAGAAGGUUGGUUAUGAAGCAUUGUCAGGAAUAAAGCCAGUCUAAAAAAAAAGCACUUUUCAGAUCUGUGUUCCUCAAA